CCUGGCGGUCUCUGGUCCUUGCAGCCUGGCAGUAACAGUGCAAUACAUUUCUAGAUCUUUCUCAGCAACAAAACACGUCCAGAUUAUCCAUUGCAAACCGUUUAAUUGAUGGUAGCCGGAACCACUGGUUAUUCCCAGGAGGAGCGACACAAGUGACGAAAGUAUGUCUAGAUUGUAUAAGUGAGAGAUUCAUUGAAGAAAAUCUGAGAGAAGCAUGGAUACUUUCCUACAAGGCAGUCUCACUAGACUCAUCCAUUUCUGUUUCCUUGCUGUGAGAAGUUUUUUCUCCAGUUGGACUAAACGUUCUCAGAUACCUGCAGCAUACGUAGCUCAGACACAGAUCUGUGUUGGGGACGAACUGGACUUACACCAUGAUCUCGUAUUCUGCAGAAAAAACCAAGGGCAUAAAAGCUUUACACCAGUGUCAGAAUUCGACAUCAACUGUUUGCCUGCAGGUUUUAGGGAGCAAGGUGUUCUUGAUACCAUCAGACUUCUAGAGAAGCUCACUGUCCUAGUGAAGACUAAAGUCGUCAGUAAACACAGACCCUCCAGGGACCGUCAUGAAUGCUAUAGAAAUGUAGAAGGUUUCCCAGAGAGCGGUAGCGGCUGGUUGUGGAGUCCUCAGAAAUGCAAAUUCUACACCGAUGUUCCGUGUGUAUGUAUGUCAUGCAUCGACAGAGGCAAUCCUACCCUGGAGUGGGGGGAACUGCGAGUGUAUACAGCGAAGCAUGUUGUGUUUGAUGACGCAGAAGCUUACGGAGCUGAGUUGCGCUUGUUUUACAACAAUGACGACACUUUGGAGACUGUAAGAACUCUGUCAGGGGUCAGUGUAGAUAGCUCUGACUCUGGUGGUGAUAUGUGUGAACUAGUGGUCGUCACACAUGACAAGAACCUGUGGGCAUAUGUCACAGAAAUCAUUAGCUACGCCUACAAUACGAAGUCAAAAUUUACAGAAAGGUCGGAGGCUGCUAAUGACGAAUGUGAACGAACUGAGCUAAAUAAUAAUUUGGCUGUUAUCAUUUCCCACCCUCACGGCUGCAAUAAACAGAUUAGUGUGGGCAGGUGGCUGGAUCGGAAAGUGGUGCGAACUGAUGGAGGGUGUCUGGAGUGGGUUCAGUACGUCUAUAACACACCCACAUGUCCCGGGUGUAGCGGGGCUCCAGUAUACGUUGUGGGUCGAGAGGGCUGGCGAGUGACUCAAGCCCCACACAAGGGUGCGCUUGACUUGGAGAAAAGGACAAACAUCAGUGGUGUGGGUUUGGAAUGGAAGCAGUUGAAAGAGAAUGACACUGCUUCAGCCGGAGAUGUGGGCGCUGGUGAUGGUGCAAGCCGUAACAGCUCAAGGGGAAAUGUGAUCUCUGUUGAUGACGGUGCCGAUGAUAAUUUGAGCGAUUGGGAUUUCAUUGAUUCAGUUUUCGGGUUGCACAGGAAAACAACUGAACUGGAUCUUUAUUGUGCAAGUUCUGCGAUGGCACUCUCUCCAAGUUCCUCCCAGACAGAUACAGGUUGUGGAUACGAGACCAACUCCUGUUCCAUGAAUUUUGUUGCUACUGCUGAAAUGACGGAUUUGCAUCGCGACUUCAGGUAUUGUGCCUCGAACCCUAGCCAUUCUACGUUUAUUCCUUUCCCUAACUUUUCACCGGAGCACCUACCCCAAACUUACAAAGAACUUUUCUCCACUAUUCAACACCUCGGGAACAUAACAGGCAGGGUGCGGGCGAGCCUUGUGUCUCCACAGAGACCCAUACAUUUCCCCCAUGCGUGCCUCUCACAACAACCUAGCGUCGUCCUUCGUUUCGCCACGGGAUGGUUGCAGUUGUUGGAUGGCUACAGUGGGGUGGGAAUCAAACCUUGCCCCUGUGUGAGCUGUCACUAUGGGCCAGAGCCCUUUAUGAGUUGGAGAGGGUUUGUUUUGAGAACUGCUUGCCACGUCGUUUUCAACGAUGAAGAGGCUUUACGUUGCGCCGUUGAUUUCUGUUAUGACAGCAGCGAUCUUUCAAAGGUCAAAACUCUUCGUGGUGUGAAGGUCAUUCGACGAGAUGAGGAGGCUGACCUGGUUGACUUAUAUGUAGUCACACAUGACGUCCAGUUUGCUGAGAAACUACGCCAUGACAUUCAGAUGUUUUCGCUCCGAAUUCAUGAGAUGAACCGAACUCUUGCAGUUGUGGCUCCGUUUUUGGUGGUCAUCGUGUCCCACCCUCACGGCAGGAGCAAGCAUGUGUCCAUCGGUUUAACAGUGAUGGAUGAAGCUAUUGAAACAGACAAGAUGCAGCAAGCUGCAGUGGAAGGAGGUACAUCCGCCAUAGAGGCACCAAGUCAUGGACAGUUCGACUCAUCGCCUGCUUCACAGAUUGCAGCUUGCCCACUGACAGAAUUACCCUCAGCUUUACAGCAGACUCCAAUUUGCUCUCUGUCACAUUUGACCAACGAUGCUUUCGAUACGCCAACGGCCAUGAACUGCAUCAGGAAUCUUACUGAUAAGGACAGUGAACAGCUCAAGUUGAUGCCCCAGCCUAGAUUGAACCCGUCUUCAUCUAUUUGUGUGGAAAUCCCAUUCAAAAAGAUAACGAGCCGAGCGAUUUUGCCGUCAUCACGCCAAACAUCCCCUGGCAACUCAUCGCAAGCACAGAACAAUUGUACCGCCAGUUGUCAUGGUUACGUCCCUUCAACUGAACCUCCUCUCUUCUCCAAACCGGUGAAGUACUAUGUGGUUGAUUCGUGCCGAGGCAGCUCUGGUGCACCCGUCAUGGUUGUCAAAGGCAACGGUCUGAUAUGUUGGCCUAUGACCCAUGGACGGGACCAAAGACAACACUGCCUAACAGAAUAGUGGGGAAUCUAAAUCUAUAGUCUACUUAACUAGUCUCUCUUGUUACUUCAUCAGUGAUUGUGGAAACUAGGUCAUCUUGUUUGAACACAGUGAAUCAAUUUGGAUAAUAUAUUAGGCUGAAGUUCAUAUUUGUUUUAGGGUGUGUUUUAGUGCUUUAAGCUUUUCUUUGAAGGCUUUUUAGAUGAUAUAUGCCAAAGGAAAUUAAACAAAUUGUGUUUAUAAUGGAAAAAAUGGCCCAAAAAUGGUGGCCAUUUGGGAUUCUUUAAUAUUGUUCGGGUUUUUUUUUGCUUAUGGCUUUUUUGUUUUUUUUUAACUCAAUGAAUUGAAACUUAGCAGGCAGACAGGGCCUACUGCAAGACAUGAAUAAAAAAUGAAUAGAAGAUCUUUUUAAUCAAACAAUUAUUUUGAUUUUUACACGAUAAAAUCAUAAUUGUUUUUUCUACAAUACAAUUUGCAUUCUAAAUUAUUUCCCAAACACUUUCAGCAUUCAAAAAGGAAAACUCUGACACGACAGAUUGUUCAAUGUAAAGUUUAAAAAAUAAAUGAGGAGUAAUUCUGCCAAGUGUGAGCUUAUUUGCUUGAAAAACAAAAAAGUUAUUAGUAUAAGUGUGUCAAAAAACUCAAUUUUGAGAAAAUAGCCGAUGAAGAUAAAACCAAUAAUGAACUACCUAUUGCACAUGUCAAGAAAGCUCGAUUAUUGCUAUUAUCGAAAGCAUUUUCGAAUUGUUUUCAAAUGCCAAAUGAUAAAACAAUGGUUUAGGAAUGCAAAUACGAGCAAAUCUAAAAUUGUCCCCAAUAUGAUUGUUUAAAAAAAUCAGCACAUGUCAACUUUCAUGGAUUUCCAUGAGGGAUAUUUAGAUGCAUCUGUGAAUGCUUUCCAAUAAUUUCCAAUAUUUCCAACAAUUGACUUAAUCUUACAAUGUCAUUUCCUGUACUAUUAGAGUUGAUGGCAAGCACAAUUAAUGCAAGGCUCGAUUAAUGUUUGAAGUCGGCACUGGUCUCUUGGGUGGAUUCAGUGCUAGAGACAACGUCAUGGUGGUAAAAGUGCAGGGUGCUAUAGAUAGAUCUUUUGACUUGUGCUUGGAUUUUACUAUCUAGUAUAUUGUGUAUAACAUUGUGUACCGUGGGGGCAAUUUUGGCCAGUUUCGGGACUUCUUUUAAACUCCAUGAGGAUUUUUCAGGAGACCACUUAAAAUUGAUUUAGGCAUAGUCAGUGUUAGACUUAGACUUGAAUGUAAGUCUUUGAUCAUUUUUCAAGUCUGAAAUGAUUGGUAACAGUAAUGCCAGAGAUUGGUAAGCACACACAUACACACACACACACACACACACACACACACACAUACACACACACACACACACACACACACACACACUCACACACACACAUACACACACACAUACAAAUACAGCCAUUUCACAACAAAGAGGUAAAGUUGUUCCUGGUGAUAACAAAAAAUAUCGUUUCUGCUUCGUUUUCGAGAUAGAAGAGGAAGGUAAGGAGACAGAGGCCAGUACUGCUGUGUGGAGGAUGAUUGUUUUGGGAAUACAAAAAGGAAGCAGAUAAUCUGGCAUCUUUGCUGGAAAGAACAGAAGAACGUUCGACUAGAUAUGCACUGACACAAUCAGUAGAAAGACCCUCAGCGGCAUUUUUGAGAGUGAAACGGAGCAUCAAUGUACAUGUCCGGAAUGCAGGGGUGUUGCUUCCUGAAACAAUGAACAAUGAACAAUUUCAAAAAGGAAACAAAAGAAAAAAAAAUACUCACUGAUAUUACAAGUUAUCCAUAAAAUUGUCACUGAACAACCUACAAAUAAGACAGUUGAAAUAAGGGACAUAAUCGAGACAUAUAUCCAAACAUAUUACAUGCUAUUUUAAAGUUUCUUCCCUUUGUCAUGUAACGGGAGUAAUGCUGAGCCCUUCGCGUGACUUGGCACAUGAGGAUCGACCUUGGAGUAACUAUGAUGAUCGACUCUCCAUUGCAAUAGAGCUCGGGUUGGAGACAACGAACUAGCGUCUGUGGUCUAAUUGUUAGGCUCCUCAGUGUUGUUCCCAGGAAACAGCAGCAACCAGCAAUGGUCUGUUUGUAAAACUGUCUGCAUUUGUAUAAUGUUACGUAUUCGGUAUUUUUUUUGUAUAUAUGUUAUAAAAAUGUAUUUGUGGGUUUAAAUAAUGUAUUUUGUGUAUUAUGCUUGCCUUUGUAAUCCAAAUUUUCCUUCGGGGUUAUGCUUGCCAUUGUAACCCAAAUUUUCCUACGGGGCCCAAUAAAGUGUAAUUUAUUUGCUAUUUUUUAAUGUAUCUAAUGACUUCCACUCUCCAAAGAUUUAUACUAUUUGACCUAUUUGAAUAAAAUGAACACCAAACUGUGUAAAAAUGGAUGAUCUAUGCAAUACACUGCUGUUUGAUUAUAAGUUAUAGAUAUGAUGGUUUUGUUGGAGUUUUGUAGAUUUUUGCUCUGAAUGUCAACAACACGAACAUAAUAUGCCGUGCUUCAGCUGAACUGGCGUGCCGUAUACAAUUACAUGUCGCUACCUUAGAACUACACAGUUCUAGUUCUAUAUGAUAUUUUCUUGUCGUUUUGAGACUUUACUAAAACUAUGAGGUCAGAAACCACAUUUUAAUGUUCUAUCUGCUGUAUCAAAAUCGUAAGAUUAUUCAGAGUCGUUAUCAAGAUAUUCAAAGAAUUGCAUUUGAAAAAACGUGACAUCUUGUGAAAUUCAAUGUUUUUUACGUUAAAUUUCUCAAAACUAUGUGUGGUACUGAGCAGAUUGAACCUUGUAAUUCUAAAGUUACGAUGUACAUGUACUAAGACUUAAGUAUACUGGUAUUACACAUGUCUUUUCGGCGCCUUCUUAAACUUCGAACGUGCAGUGUAGGCUACUCCUUAGAACUGCUGAUGUCCAUUUUCCAGGAAACCGUAGUCUCUGGUGGCGUCGGUAGCCUAGUGCGCACUAGUGGUUAUAAACAGGCUACAGGACCUGAAAUCGUAAGAUUUCGGGUUCAACAAGGGAUCGAGCCUCAGCUCGGUCCGACGUUGGGUCUGUGUGAAAGGCUCUUUCUACAGGAAUUUCCUCUUUGACUCUAAAUGAGGAUAACCUAAUAAAUUAUAGUGUUGACAGGGGUAUUGAACCUACACCAUUUCAUUUUCAUUUCUACUGUCUUUGUUCAGUUGGGUUGCUUAAUCCACCUCUUUGUUUCAGCCGAGGCUGCUGUCAUAAAAAGUUAAAGGUGAA